UAAUAUUUUGUUUAUCCUAGCAAAGGGUGAAAGCUUUCCAGCUGGUCAGCAUGUUUAGGAGAGACUUGAGACCUGAUUCUUGGUUCUUCAGCUUUCUGGUCGGUAGCCUGUCCAGGAGUCUCUUCGCCUUUGCAGCCCUUGCCAGGAAUCAAACUUCUAAAGGUUUUGCUCCUGUCACGAUUGAGACCUCAAGACACAUGUAUGAAUAUGUGGCCACUGCUUUAGACUGGUGGCAUGCCGACAGAUACUGCGAACAGCGCUUUGCUCAGUUGCAUGUUGAACCCCAAGGCAGUGAGCAAGCUUCCUUUAGCAAACUGCUACAUUCCCACCACAUCAGAGGCUCUGUCUGGUUAAAUGAAAGAGAUGGUGUCCUUCACAAGCCAAAACGGAGACGGAACCACAUUGUACCAGUCCUGGUGUUUGGAGACAAAACAGACACAAAAUACGUGAAGGUGCUCUCUGACUUCCCAGCCCUGCCUGCUGUCACAGCCUGCGCCCACCUCCAGUGGGACACCAGGACCCAGGAGAUUGCUACAAUCUUCUCCUAUGCUGUGCCGGCUUUUAUUAAUGAGUUCCAGCUCCGUGGCUUUGUUGAUGAGGAAGGAUUUGUUCGAUUUGCUCUCAUAGUCCAUGAGCACCAUUCCCCAUAUCUGCCUGUGUUCCGUGCUGACGGACAGUGGCAUCACUUCUGUGUGACCUGGCAGCAGGAGAAUGGGACCUGGGCCAUCUAUGCUGAUGGUAAAAGAAGAGCAUCUGCCAGUGGUUUGUGUGCUGUGGGGUCUGCCCCCCAGGCCAUCUAUGGCCAGGGGACUUUCAUUAUUGGGCAAGAUCAAGAUUCCCUGGGAGGCAGCUUCAAGGAGAAAGAGUCCUUCAGUGGGAACAUCACUGACUUGCACAUCUGGCAGAAAGUUCUCAGCAUGGAGCAGAUUGAGAAGGUUCGGUCAUGCUGGGUGGUGGAGCAAGACCUUGUAUUUCGGUGGAGCUCAAACACUCUGGAGAUUGAAAGCACCGUUCAGGAAGUGACUGCACAGUUUCUUUGCCCAGGGCCUGUUGAAGAAUGCCGAGUUUUUGAAGUUGGCAGCAAUGGAUUCAGUUACACGUCUUGUUUGCAGACUUUGCCUUUUAUCUGUCUCUACAGAAAGGAUGCAUACUGGCAGCUGAAAAAAGCUCAUCUAGAAUCCAGCCAUUCACUUGUCGGCCGUGUGAACACGCUUGCAGAGAGAACUGUGAUUCCUGAGAGCAUCUUUACAAGUGAUGUCCAAGACAUGAACCUCUCUGUUGCUCUUGGUGCUCUUGAUGUCUUGGCAACAGUUCUGAAGGAAGAAGAGACACCCGUGCUGGAGUCAUCUGACCUUCUUUCAGUGCUUCAAUUAUUAAAGCAAGUUUCUGAUGUGGAAAUCCAGGAGGGAGAAGAGCUGAAGAUGUUGGAGCAGCUGGGCCAGUAUUUUGUGGAAGUGACUGAGUUAAUCUUGGAAGAACAGAAUAUUGAAGCAUGGUCAUCAGUCAGCCAGGUUAUCAGAGGGCCCAUGGCUGUUGUUGAGCUCUGUGACAGAAUGGUGUCACUCUUGGCUCCACUACUGACAGCAGGGAGGACAAAGAUCACGGUCCAGCAUGGGAAUGUUGGGAUGGAAGUCAGGAAGCUGGAGCUGGGCAGGCAGUUGAGCAGUGAGGCAUACCUGGUCCAGACCCCUGAGAAAGACAGUCACGAUCUCAUUGAAGUUCCUGCAGAAGAAAUGCAAAGACUGAAAGCCAGAGGUCUCCACAGAGUUGUGGUGAAGAACAUGUGGUUUGGCUACAGCUCCCUGCAGCGCUGUCUGUCCGGCACUGUCAGCGCUGCUGUCUUGCAGGACAUGCCUGCCUCUGAUGGAGGACAGAAGUACCUGAGCACUGCUGUGGGCACUGCUGUGAUCUCCGCUGCUCUGCUUAGUGACUACCAGGAGAUCAGCACGUCUGUGCGCUACCGUCUGCAGCACCGUGUCCAGGACUUGUCCAAUACACCAGUGGGGCCCAUCUGUGCCUUCUGGAACUUCAGCCUCAGCCCAGAUGCUGGUGGGAUGUGGUCCACAGCUGGCUGCUCUGUGCUGACGUCUCUCCCGGACUCUACUGCCUGUUUUUGCAACCACACCACAAAUUUUGCUGUCCUGCUGCAGGUGUACAAUAUGCAGAGGACCACCAAGGAGGAACUCACACUGCAGACCUUGACUUUUAUUGGAUGUGGAGUUUCUUUCUGUGCUUUGAUAGUUACCUUCGUAUUAUUCUUGGCAGUUGGUGUCCCCAAGAGCGAACGAACAACCGUGCACAAGAACCUGAUCUUUGCAUUAGCUGCAGCAGAAGCUCUGCUCAUGUUCAGUGAACUGGCCAAGACCAACCAGGUGAUGUGUUUCAUGAUCACUGCCUUCCUUCACCUCUUCUUCAUGGCAGCCUUUUCAUGGAUGCUGGUAGAGGGGCUUCUCCUCUGGAGCAAAGUGGUAGCAGUCAACAUGAGUGAAGACAAGAGAAUGAAGUUCUACUAUGUGACAGGCUGGGGCUUUCCAGUCGUUGUCGUGGCUGUGACCCUUGCAACUUCCUUUGACAAGUAUGUGGCAGACACCCACUGCUGGCUGAACGUUCAGACCAACGUCAUCUGGGCCUUUGUUGGCCCUGUUCUCUUCAUCCUGGCUGUGAACACGUUUGUGCUGUUCCGGGUGGUGAUGGUGACCGUGUCCAGUGCUCGCAGGAGAUCAAAGAUGCUGACACCCAACAGUAGCCUGGAGAACCAGAUUGGAAUACAGAUAUGGGCCACAGCCAAGCCCAUCCUGGUGCUGCUGCCUGUGCUGGGGCUGACCUGGGUGUGUGGUGUCCUUGUCCACCUCAGUGUCAUUUGGGCCUAUGUCUUCAUCGUGCUGAACUCCCUCCAGGGCCUGUACAUAUUCCUGGUCUAUGCAGUCUAUAACAGUGAGGUGAGAAAUGCCAUCCAGAGGAUGAAGGACAAGAAGAAAGCACUCUCAUUCACAAACUGCUCUCAUCCCAUCAACUACUUAUCAAGUCCAAGAAACACGACCUCCUGGGAGACAGGGAAACCUUCUGUAGCUGAGAGCACCUUGUCGAGCCCUGUGCAGAAAGACGCUCCAGUGAAGAACAUCACCAACAAAGGAAAUUUUGGAGCCAAAAUUCCCAUGGGGAUUUCAUCAAUUAUGUCACCUGAGAGACCGGCUGUAGAGCUGACAGCGUUCAAAUCCUCAGGUUUCUGAGAAGUUUCUAAGUGAUGUGCCCAGCACACCGAGGCUCUUCCAGCAGCCAGGAGGACGGCAGGUCGGAGGAUAUGGCUUCCAUGCGGAGGGCUGGCCCAGCCCAGGAAGAGCUGUUAGCCCUGCUCUUCUUCCUAGCAGCAUGUGUGGACAAAACCAGGGCAGGAUUAGGGCAGCUGGAGUCUCAUGGGGCUUUAUCUACUGCCCAAGGAUGCAUGUGGCAGCCAUGCCCAUGCUUCCAUGCCAGUGAGGACCGCUGUCUUCUCUGGCCCUGCUGCCAGCCCAUCACACUGCUCUGCUGCGGAAGGGUUGGGCACAAGCUAUGUAAGAAACACAUGCACUAAGGAAGACAGCAAUUGGCUUCAAGCCUUUUCCAAACUGGCUGACUUCUGCUGUUUAGGACAAAAACCCUCUCCCUGUUCUUCCUGGGGCUCCCACCCAGCUGGCGUGGCCCCUCUCUAGCUGGGGUUGUUUUCUCUCCCUCUGUUCUUAGCAUCCAACUAGUGUUUAGAGCACAUAAAACAUGUUGGGGUUUUUGCUGAUUAUGAUGACAGUAAAUGCUGAUUUUAAUGGCA